AUGGUGCCUCCAGGGAAAAAGCCAGCUGGGGAAACUUCAAAUUCCAAUAAAAAGUGUAAACGCUAUUUCAAUGAGCACUGGAAGGAAGAAUUUACCUGGCUGGAAUUUGACUAUGAGAGGAAACUCAUGUUUUGCAUAGAGUGUCGGCAGGCACUGGUGAAGAACAAGCACGGUAAAGCAGAAAACGCCUUUACCGUGGGCACGGACAACUUCCAGCGGCACGCGCUGCUGCGGCACGUCACCUCCGGGGCACACCGCCAGGCGCUGGCCGUGAACCGGGAGCAGCUGGCCUUCGACACCCGUGUCCACGGCCACCCCGAGCUGCGCUCAGUCAUCAAGGUGGAGGUGAACCCGGCCAAGGUGGCCGUUCUCACCACCGUCUACUGGAUGGCCAAGGAGGAGAUCCCGGAUGAAAAGUGCUCCUCCCUGCUCAGCUUCCAGAAGUUCAACCUGUGCCAGGCUCUGCUGGCCUCGGAGCACAGCGAGUAUUACCACCCUGGCAGCAUCAGGGAGAUGCAGGCAGCCAUUGCCAAAGUCCUCCACAAUGAGGACAGGCACAGGAUCAAAGCCUCACCGUUCAUUGGGCUGGUGGUGGAUGAGACUGUGGACGUCCUGGAGCACCGCAGCCUCGCCAUGUUCACCACCACCGUCUCCCCCUGCAAUGGGCAGACCUCCACCACCUUCCUGGGCAGCUUUGAGCUGCCCACCGGGGAGGCCUCCACUGUGGCAGGCAAGGUGGGUGAGGUGAUGCGCUCCUUCGGCAUCCCCACCAUGAAGCUCACCUGGCUCAGUGCUGACAGUGCCUCACUGGUGGCCGAGCGGCUGAGCGGGGUGGGCACGGCACUGACCUCGCUCUGCCCGCUCCUCACUGAGGUGCACUGCCUGUCCCAUGGCACCUCCCUGCUGCUGGCCGAGAGCAUCAGCACCAUCGAGUACCUCCAGAAGUAUGAGACCACUGUGGAUGCUGUGUAUAGGCUCUACUCCAGCUUCCAGGGGAGAGGUGAUAGCCUGCAGGAGCUGCGGAGAGUCUUGGACCUCUGUGAGAUAGACCUCGGGAGCCCCAAAGCCAUCCGCUGGACUUCUAUCUUCCCAGCUGUAGAAGCCAUUGACUCCUCGUGGCCCACACUGGUGCUGCUGCUGGAGAGCGAGGCGGAGCACUCGCCUGUGGCCCGUGGCCUCUGCGAAGAGCUCAAGAAGUUCCAGUUUGUGGCCUUCACCAAGAUCCUCCUGGAUGUCCUCCCCAUCUUCCAGAAGCUCAGUCGCUUCUUCCAGAUUGAGGACUUUGACCUGUCCAUCUUGAAGCCCAUUGUCUCAGCCACAGCCACCACUCUGCAGGCCCAGCAGAGCACCAGCGGCCAGAACCUCCGGGAAUUCCUCAACGAGAUGGACAAGUACCCGCAGGACGGCCGGGAGGGUGAGAGCCGCCUCUACUACAAGGGUGUGGAGCUGGCCAACUGCUCCCAAGUGCACCUGAAACACUUUGAGCACCUGAAGGAGAGCUACUUGGAGAGGGUGCGGGGCAACCUGCUGGAUAGGUUCCCCAGCAGCGUCCUGGAGGCCAUCAGCUCCUUCUCUGCCAUCUUCAACCCCAAGUGCUACCCUCAGUCUCUGGAUGACAUUGGCAGCUAUGGGGUCAGCGAGCUGAAUUUCCUGCUGCAGGUGUACUCACGGGUGGUGGUGAGCGAGAGGGCCCUGAGCGACUUCCCGCUUUUCAAGCGCAUCGUCUUCAGCCUCAGCCAGCUCUCUUUCAAGGACCUCUGUGUCAAACUGGUCUACAGCAGCUCUGAGAUGCAUGAGCUCUUCCCAGACUUCGCUGUCCUAGCAGCUAUUGCCCUGGCCUUGCCGUUGGGCUCGGUCCUUGCCGAGAAGAUGAGCCGGGGCCGGGAGCUGCUGAAGCGCGGCCGGUCGCGCCAUGCGAAGGACGAGGGGCUCUCUGACCUCAUGAAGAUCGCCAUCGACGGGCCAGCCAUCAGCGAGUUUAACUUUGCGCUGGCCAUCGAGUACUAUGAGAGCAUGAGGGAGUCGGGGUUCAUCAUGGCACAGGUGAAGUGA